AUGGCGGCCGAUCCUGCGGCACAGCGUCAGUUCUUGAAAGAUAACGUCGAUGCCGACUUUAUCUUCCUUCUGGAAGAGCAUGGUGUUGACUUAGCGUUGCAGUACGCCAUUGGUCAGCAUUACAAGAGUAUCAGGACAUUUGCUGCAUUUGCCGAUGAUAGGGGGGCGGCUCGGACGGCCAUCACCGCGGACUUCGGCGUUCGAGCUGAGAGUGCUGCAGAUCGUGCUAGGAUGGCGUGUGUCAUCACUUCUUGGGAAGCUUCCAAAUUGAUUCGCGAGGAGGAAGCUAAGCUUCGGGCUGAGGCUAAGGUGUUGGGGGUCCAGAAGCCCCUCGUCUCUUCCGAUCGAGCGGCUAUGCGAGCUGCUUUGGAGGCGGUAAGGGGCUACUCUGUUCCAGAAUCUGAGGAGCCUGCACCUGAGUACCUCGCACACAAGCUUGAGCAGAUUGAGAAUGGCGAGCCCACCGCUAGUUAUCUUGAUGAGGUUAUUUCACGUAAGGAGUCCAACUCUUUGCAGCUUCAGACUUCACUGGACAAUCAGGGCCGCCUUCGUGUUAUGCGCCAGAAGCCCACGGGGAAGCUCCCACAGAACACUGAGGAACUCCGAGCGAAGAUUCGGCUCGAGGCAUCAACAUGGGUGAUGUUGGCCGCGAAGUGUCGCGGUCGUGCCUAUUUGCAGGGAUUGCAGUUGUCACAUUUUGAUCGUUUCUUGGAAUAUCUUCUGGGAGACAAGUGCUACAGCAUGCAAGUCGCAUCGGCGGCUCCCAUGAGUUCUUCUGCACAUGCUGAUCGUCACACUUUGUCUGUGCCCUGGAAUAUCUUGCUUCAGUAUGAAUUCGAGCUUCGUAAAUGGGCCAUCAAGGAGGCACAUCGUUUGAGUGCCCCGCUGGGUGACAAGCUGCAUGAGGCUACCACCAACACCGAGCUCAAGGAGCUGCAUUUUACGUCUCAGGUGGCAUUGUCUCGACGCUCGACCGGCGCCGACCCUCCGCCACCAAAGUGGCCCCGCAAGGGUGACGGCAAGAAGGGAGAAAAGGGCGGUAAAGACAAAGGUGGCAAGGACGGAAAGGGCAAGGCCGAUGGCAAGAUCAAAAUCGGCGAGUCAUGGUUCGAUCUGGUCUCGAAAACACCGGACGGACGUGAGUUGUGUUACGCUUACAACAUCAAGCGUGGGUGUCAGGUCAAGGGAUGUCAGCGAGUUCACGCGGAUGUUCGCGCCUGGCUGGAGGUCCUAUGCACGUCACAGAACAUCAUUUUGGAGAUGUCCGAAGUCGACAUCUGCCGUGACCCAAGUAUGGAUUUGCUGGACUCUGCAGUGGUUGAUCGGUGCUUGCUUCAAGUCCAAAAUUCGGAGUGGGACGUGGUCUUGGUGACUCCGCCCUGCAAUACCUUCUCUCGGGCACGAUGCGUACAGCCGGGUCCUCGGCCACUGAGAUCACGUAUUUACCCUGCGGGUUUUCCUUGGCUUUCAGACUCACAUCGUGCUGCAGCGGAUAAUGGCAAUCAGUUCGUUUCCUUUUCUUUUCAGAUCUGCACGGCUGCCCUUUCGAAUUCUAUUCCUUUUCUGUUGGAGCACCCUGAAGACCUGGGUAUGACAACCACCGGUCACACACCGGCAUCUAUUUGGCAACUUCCAGAAGCUGCUGCACUUUUUACGCACGAGCAGGUCGUGACUUUUGCGAUCUAUCAGUGUCACUACGGAGCCCACACGCCGAAACCCACCAGGUUUCUUUCUUCUAUCGCAGCCACCUUUGGCAUGCGAUUCAUGGGGCCUCCUCGUUUUGAUUCUGCGGACAAGUAUCUGGGGCCUCUGCCCAAGUACUGUGGCCACCGGCAUUCCAAUCGUCUUUUGGGUGCCGCCAACACUGCUGCUGCUGCCGCCUAUCCGCCUGAUUUAUGCAAGGCUAUCGCUUCCUGGACCUUCUCCGUCUUCGAUGGGGGAGGAGGUGCACCCUCGGUGGCUACGGUUCCCGAAUCUGCUCACUGUUUUCAGUUCCCGGCUAGGGAGGUUGAGGUUAAAGUGAGUUCUUCACAAGCGGAACAAAUGGCUGCGGUCUGCUUGGGAAAGGGUAGGAUCGCUCGGGAUCAACUUCUCCGCCUCUCAGAGCUCCUGCCGGAUGAGGAUAGAGUCAGGCAGUCCAGCAGAGAAGUCAGUGGCCAGCGAUCUUUCACGACGGGCGCUUACACCCACCAGGACAAGGUGGGGCUCAGGCGCAACAUUGAUGUUUUCCCUCUGGCAUCGGAGCUGCUGGCACGCCUCGUGUCUUGCGGCUUCCCUGAUUGCGUCUUCACUUCAUUAGCAUUCUUUCGUGACCUUAAGCAGCCCCCCCAUAAGGACACCACGAAUGGUCCAUUCAACAAUUUGUUGCUGGCCUGUUCGGAGUUUUCGGGAGGGGGCCUCUGGGUUCAGUCUGAGGGAGGCCCGGUUUCUCGUUUUAUUAACGGCUCCUGGACCCCUGGACGCAUACUGGAAUGGGACGGGGGCAAGAUUGCCUUCGAUCCCCGGCUACGGCUGGUCUUGGCUGGCUAUACCAUUGCGAAUGACGACCGACUUUCUCCUGCCGACAGGGAUAAACUUGGAUCUAUGCACUUCGAGCUUCCGGGCAAACGUAAGAGGGGAUCGGCUGAUUUCUUGAUCGACACGGAGGAGGUUGCGACGUUACCUGAACAGGACGACAUUCCAUUCAGUGAACUGAAGUCUGGUUGCGAAGGGCCACCGAUGGUGGGGGAUUUCGCUGGGUCCUCGGAUGAGUUCGUCGAUGGGUUUGGUCGCUGCUCUCCUGGUCGGUGGAAGCCAUGCAACCGGGGCACGGCGAUGUCCGCUGAAUCCUUAGACUUUGCGCAGCGCUUGAAAGAGAGGGUCAGGAUGUUCGUCGUGGAGUGUGUUCCGGACUUGGCGAAGUCGACUUUUCGUCUGGCGACGGGACACUGGAACGGGCCGCUCUUUGACCAGGGUCGCUUGGAAGAACUGAGGGAGGACUGGUUCAACAUGCUGCCUGAUCCCAUCCGGACGCUUCGGAUUCUUGGAGACCCAGACUAUCGCAUCAUCGAGGAGGGGAAGUUCUGCUUCGUGAACGGUGUCGAGGUGGGGCACACGGCGCCAUUGGGGCCAGUGCCUCAAGUGUUCCGGAUCCGCAGAAAAGAUCAGAAGUACGAUGAGUCAACUUGGCAGCCGUUGAUGCAGAACUAUCGUGAUGGGGCUGAAGUCGAGAAGGCCUUGGAGGAGGCUUUCACCAAAGAGGAGGCAGAAGGACGCAUGUUCCCGCUUUCUUUGGCGGAGGCGAAAACACGCUUCCCUGGUCCUGCGCUUCGCAUUGCCGCUCAAGCAGUGAUUCCGAAACCUGACCAUGAAUUCCGUGUGGUCCAUGAUGGGACCCACGGGGUUCACGUCAACAAUGAGAUUGUUAUGCUUGACCGUCUUGAAUCGCCUGGACCAAGGGAGAUUUCUUCGAUUCAGAAGCUGGGCAUGGUGGCAGAAGAGAAAGUCCUGUUCGGGCUUGUGGGAGACGUGAAGAAGGCGCACAGGCGAUAUUUGCACCACCCAGAGCAUUGGGGGGUGCUCGCUUGUAGAACGCGGAGCGAUUCAUCAGUCGUAUGGCUUAACCGCACAGGAACUUUCGGAAUUGCUUCGGCGGCCUAUUGGUUCGCCCGCUUGAUUGGUUUGGUGGGCCGCUUGUCUCUCAGAGUUAUGCUUCAGGCUUUUGUUUUCAUGCUUAUUUAUGCAGACGACCUACACCUGCUCAGCGGCGGUUCAGAUCGAUGGCUCAACCUCUGGAUGUCCCUUGCCCUUUUGUGCAUGCAGGGCACACCCUUCUCGGAGAAGAAGUGGCGCGGGGGACUGCAACUUGAUUGGGUCGGUUACUGGAUUGAUUAUGGCCGCUUUAAGCUUGGGAUUUCGGAAAAGAGAUGCCAGUGGAUCAUCCGAUCGAUUGAGGGCAUGGAGGGAGACGGCUGGCUUGUGGACGUUCGCCGUUUUCACGAACUCCAUGGCCGGCUAGGCUUUAUGUCGCAAAUCUUGAUAUGGAUCAGACCCUUCCUCGCGCCGGGCUACGCAUGGCUAGCGGUAGUCAGCAAAGGUGCUGUAUUGGCACUGCCCAACUUGAUCCGCUGCACCCUGCGAUUCAUUCUUGAUCGGCUCCGCGCAGGUUCACGAACGUAUCCUGCGGGGCUGGCGGAUAAGGAUUAUGGGGAACUCUUCAGAACCGACGCCGCUUGCAACUCUGACUCUGUGGUUCUAGGCGGUUGGUUCCUUGUCAGGGGUGUUGUCUGUAAAUCCGCUCCUUGGUUUCAGAUUACGCUUCGUUGCGAGGAAGCCCCUUGGCUCUUCAAGGAAGGUCUUGGGAGCUCCUGGGCCAGUACCUCUGCUGAACUGCUAUCCUCGCUGGUAGCGCUUCAUCUGCUGGAGAGGGAUUUUCCCGAGGUGUUUUCAUGUCCUGGCUCUUUCAGGGCCUGCUUCGCUGGUGGAGCAGACAACAAGUCGGCGGAUGCCAUUUCUGCCAGACUUCUCACGACAAAGGUCCCUGUGAUGUUUGUGCUGAUGGAAUACGCUCACCGCUGCGACUUGGCCGGGGUCAGAUGUCUCUUGAACUGGAGGCCGCGUGAUGCGAAUCAGGAGGCAGAUAGGAUCACGAAGAAUGAUUUCUCAGAUUUCUGUCCGGACCUUCGGGUCACUGUCAGCUGGAGUGAGUUGAACUUCUCAGUGCUUCCGUCUUUACUUCGAUUCGCGAACUUUCAGAGCACUCUGGAGGAUGCGCGUGCCUCUGCUUCUGGCGAAGGACAAUCUCCUUCUCGCAUUCGUUUCGAGAAGAGUCAGUGGGGCUGA